AUGUCUUCCCGGGGGCUCGUCCUCUCCAAAUCUCGGUCUCAGAUCCUGAGACCGCUCUCGCCAGUCCUCGAUGCCGUGACGCGGCUGCUCCGGCCGUCGUCGGCGCAGUCGACCACCUACUCCAAGUCCGGCGCCACGGCCGCCUGGAUCUCCAACGACUUCACCAUUCCCCCCUCAGGCGGCGGGCCCAACGGCGAUGCCGUAGUGGUGCCCGCCAUGCCGGCAGCGCCCCAACCGCCGCGCACGCCGGACGACGACAACCUCGUGCCGAUCGGCUGCUCGUCGUCGCCGUCGACGUGCGGCUCGACGACCUCAUCUAACCUGACCAACAACCCCUCCAUGAAUUGGUCGACGCCCUCGCAGCGUACUGACGCGGGCAUCAUCAAGCGGCGCCGCAUGCGCCGCUACCACAAUCACAGCGGCUACCCGGCCGUCGUGUACGCGCCCGACCCGCCGCAGCAGAGCGAGCCGCGCACGGUGCUCGAGAAGAUUGUGCUCGAGCUGUUCGACGUGCAGCAUCUGGACUGGAUGAUGAUUGCCGAGCCGCUGCAGCGGCUGUACGGGCUCGACGUCGACAGCGCGGCCGUGCUCGGCAUCUUGCAGGAGAAUGGGCGCGUGCAGAAGACCAUGUGGUGGGAUUAA